AUGACGACAUUCGCUCGACCGUCAUUAUUGGAUAAUCGUUAUGCUGCGAUAGCCGAAACAAGCGCUUAUACUUACGAUGAUGAUGAUCUUGUCAAUUAUGCAGAUUUUUUGAGAAAACAUGGUCGUUAUAUGACAAAAGGUGGUUAUGUCGAUUCAUCACGUCGUAUUCGAAGUUUGCAUCGUCAACAAGAUGAUCCGAUAUCGUCGAGUGCCGGUGUUGGAGGUUCCAAAUUGCCCGGUUUACUCGCAUCAUUUGGCAAACAUGCUACUUCUCGUAGUGCAGAUAUAUCACCGAGACAACGGCUUAAAACGGAUGGACAGUCAGUGAUAGCUAUAUCAGCAAAUUUAGAAAAUAAAAAGAAAGAAUUCGAUAAACAAAUGAGAUUAAUAGAGGAACAAAUGAUCAAAGCUAAACAAGUUGAAAGAGAAACAAAACGUCAAGAAGGGGAUAUAAAAAAAGAGCAAAGGUCGUUACAUCAUACACUAAGAGAACUAGAUGUUGAUGCGACUAGGAAACGUUUUGAUGCUGAAAAGAAUUUAUCUAAAAAUCUUGAAGAAAAAGACAAAAUUGAGCGUGAAUUCGUGAAGAAACGUGAACAACAAACAAAACAGCGUACUGAACGUGCUGUUGACACUUUACAGGCGACAAAAGAUAAAGAUCGUAAAAAUCUAUUAAUGUGUAAUGAUUUGGCGCGACAAUAUCGAACAAAAAUAAAUCAACUAGACAUUAAACAUAAGGAAUUAAGUCGGCUGCAUUUAGAUUUUGAACAAAAAGUACAAAGUAAAGAGAUUGAAGAAAAUCGAAUCAAAAAGGAACUGGGUGAAAUAGCUUUAGCUCUUAAUAUGGAAGCACAAAAAGCAAAAACAGACUUAAAAGAAUUUCAACAUCAAACAAGCGUUCAUGUUAAAAAUUACGAUCUUGAACGACGACGUUUAUCCGGUGAUAUUACGUUACACAAAUCAUUAUUGGAUUUAAAACAACGUGAAGGUACACAUGCACAUCGUCUACUAUUGCAGGAGUGUGGUGAACAUCUUGUAGAUAUGAAAGAACUUGUGCACGAAUAUUAUCGAAAUCAUUACACACCUAUUAUUCUGCGUAAACUUCUAUUGCAUCACACUCUUCGUCGUAUAGUAGACACAAAAAAUCGUUUAGAAAAUAUUUAUGCCAAACAACGGGAAUUAAAUAAAACAGCUAUAGUGGCUGAACAAGAUCGACGUGCAAUUGAGCUGAUGACGAAAGUUGAAGAUGUAAGCAAUCGUCGAAAUCAACUCAUGAGUCAAUACUUACGCGACAAAACAGAAAAAUCAGAAGAAAAAGAGCUUUUGGGGAGCGAGAAAGCCAAAGUUCGAUACAUUGAAAUAGAAACAAGACAACAUGAAGAUCACCUGAAGCAUUUUCAAAAAGUUCUGAAUAAAAAUGAAGAACAAGAACAUGAUUUAUACAAAAGUGUAAAAGAAGCUGAAUCUGGUCGACGAAAGAAAGAGCAAGAUGUCAAAAAAUUGCAAGAUGAAUUAGUUAAAACCAAACGUGUUCAUGCCGAAAAAAUUAAACAGGAAAUAUCAAAAGCAGAAAAAGCAGAGAGAGAAUUAGAACAACAAUUGAUCAAAGAAAAGUCAAAACUUGAUAAAUUGCAUGCAAAACGUGAAGAUUCAUAUUUAAGAUUAUUACGUCAACGUGGACAAAUUCGUGAGAAUAAAUCUUUGUUAGAAACACAUGAAAAAGAACAUGAAAGAUUAUUACGAGUCCAAGCAAGAUCACAGUCAAUGCAAUCAUUGAAUACUAUUUAA